GUUUUUAUAACUAGAAAGCCAUCACAUUCACGCUAGUCAUAGAUUAAAAUGAUUUUUUUACCAAAAUAAAUAAAUAAAAAUCAUCCAUCGUAGUUCAUCUUUCGUUUUAACUCUCAUUACUCAGUUUGUAGGAUAGCACUUCAACAAGCCAAAUUCCAGAGCCAGGAAAGAAGGCUAGAAACCAAAGAAAAUCCAAUGGAAACUCCUUCGGAUGAAAAGAAGACGAUGGGAGAACCCCUCCUGAUCACAGCCCCUACCACCUCAAAGGGAGGCUUCAGAACCCUGCCUUUCAUCUUAGCAAACGAGGCCUUUGAAAGGAUGGCGAGUCUGGGGUUAUCACCAAAUAUGAUACUGUAUUUGACGAAGGAAUAUGGAUUGGAAACAGCUCAAGCGGCCAAUCUGAUCUUCGUUUGGUCAGCUGCCAACAACUUCACCCCGAUCAUUGGUGCUUUUCUUGCCGAUUCUUGUGUGGGAAAGUACCGGAUGAUCGGAUUCGGAUCCAUUCUCAGUUUUCUGGGGAUGGUUCUCUUAUGGUUAACAGCCAUGCUUCCGCAAGCAAGACCUCAUUGUGACCAAUUUAGCAGCAUUUGCGAAUCCCCCACAACAACCCAACUUCUACUCUUGUAUUCUUCCUUUGGCCUAAUGUCAAUUGGAGCCGGCGGAAUAAGAUCGUCUUCCCUAGCCUUUGGUGCAGAUCAGUUGAAGAGAAACAAUCCGGAAACCUUACAGAGUUUCUUCAGUUGGUACUAUGCUUCUAUCUCAUUUUCAGCUCUAAUUGCGGUAACUUUCAUCGUUUAUGUUCAAGAUAACUUGGGAUGGAAAAUGGGUUUCGGUGUUCCUGUCAUGCUAAUGUUCAUGUCAUCCCUUUCCUUCUACUUGGCGUCUCCCUUCUACGUCAAGUUGAAAGCCAGGAGAAGCUUGUUCACUGGUUUAGCUCAAGUUAUAGUGGCCUCUUUCAGAAAUAGACACAUUGACUUACCAUCCCAGCCCACGAAGGAAGUGUACUAUCACGGAAAGGGAUCAAUGCUUCACGUGCCAAGUGAAAAACUAAGGUUUCUGAAUAAAGCUUGUCUAAUAAAAAAUCCUCAACAGGACUUGACCUCGGAUGGAAAUGCUUCAAACCCAUGGAGCCUUUGUACAAUAGAUCAAGCAGAAGAGCUAAAGGCAUUAAUCAGAGUGACGCCAAUCUGGUCGACGGGAAUCAUGCUCUCUGUGAUUAUCGCUCAAGGCUCCUUUUUAGUAAUUCAAGCAGGCACCAUGGACCGACAUAUAACUCCAAAAUUUGAAAUUCCAGCAGGUUCAUUUGGUAUGUUUAUGAUAAUCGCUGUUAUAGCAUGGAUUGCUUUCUAUGAUCGGAUAGCUCGUCCUUUAGCAUCAAAAAUUAAAGGAAAACCAGUUAGUCUUAGUUUGAAACAAAAAAUGGGGAUUGGACUUCUUUGCUCUUGUGCAUCCAUGGUAUCAGUAGCAAAUGUGGAGUAUAUUCGACGGGAAACUGCAAUCCAAGGACUUUCAGAUGAACCACAAGCCAUGGUGUACAUAUCUGCACUAUGGCUGCUGCCAUUUAAUGUCCUAGGUGGCUUGGCUGAGGCUUUCACUGCAAUUGGACAUAUGGAAUUCUUUUACUCCGAAUUACCUAAAACCAUGUCAAGCAUCGCAGCCAAUCUUUUAGGAUUAGAAGCUUUUGCUGCAAGUCUGGUGGCAAGUUUUAUAACAAGUACAGUUGAUGAUGUUACUAAAAAAGGAGGGGAAAGUUGGAUUUCAAGCAAUAUUAACAAGGGUCAUUAUGAUUACUAUUAUUGGCUUCUUGCUGGCUUGUGCAUGCUUAAUUUUAUGUAUUUUCUUGCUUGCAGCAAGGCUUAUGGUCCUUGUCAAGGAGAUGAUGAGGGUCAGGCUCAGGCAUCCAGAAAAGAUGAUCGUGAGUCGAUAGAUGAUUGUUAGUUUCUCAGAAUGUAAUUGCACUCCAGUUAGAUAUCUCUGCAGUCAAAACAAACUCUAUCUACAUGACUGAAUACACAAAUAAAAAAAUGUUUGGAAAAAUAGUACAUAGCCUGUAGAUUAGCAAAUAGA